CAGCCGCUCGAAAAUUUAUGGGCGGACCGAAAGCACACCCAUAACAUGCCGUAACAAUGAGACACAGCAACCACACAAAUUUGCAACUCUGCCACUGCCAUGGUCGACUUCCCCAAAUCUCUCUCUCCGAAGCGAGUCCUGAAGCUCCUCAAAGCCGAGAAGAACCCUCAUUCCGCACUCGCCCUGCUCGACUCAGCGACCCGCCACCCGAACUACAACCACUCCUCCGACGUCUUCCACCACAUCCUCCGCCGGCUCGUCGACCCGAAGCUCGUUGUCCACGUCGAGCGGGUCGUCGAGCUGAUUCGGACCCAGAAAUGCAAGUGCCCCGAGGACGUGGCAUUGACGGUGAUCAAAGCGUAUACGAAAUACUCCAUGCCCGAUAAAGCGUUGGCCGUGUUUCAGCAAAUGGAAGAGAUUUUUGGGUGUGCGCCCGGCGUAAGGUCGUACAAUUCGCUGCUGAAUGCGUUCAUUGAGUCUAACCAAUGGGACCGAGCUGAGAAAUUUUUUGCUUAUUUCGAAACGGUGGGUUUGGAGCCAAAUUUGCAGACUUAUAAUGUUCUGAUCAAGAUUUCGGGCAAGAAGAAGCAGUUUGAGAAGGCUAAAGGGUUGCUGAAUUGGAUGUGGGAAAAGGGUUUGGAGCCUGAUGUGUUUAGUUAUGGGACUUUGAUCAACGGGCUUGCGAAAGGUGGGAACUUGAGUGAUGCAUUGGAGGUGUUUGAUGAAAUGCUUGAGAGAGGGGUUGGUCCUGAUGUGAUGUGUUAUAAUAUUUUGAUUGAUGGGUUUUUCCGGAAAGGCGAUAGUGUGAGUGCUAAUGAGAUUUGGGAGAGGUUGGUGAAGGACUCAGAGGUUUAUCCUAAUAUUGUUACUUAUAAUGUUAUGAUCAAUGGUUUGUGUAAAUGUGGGAAGUUCAAUGAGAGUUUAGAGAUAUGGAAUAGGAUGAAGACAAAUGAUCGAGGACCUGACUUGUAUACUUGUAGUUCUUUGAUUCAUGGGUUGUGCAAAGCAGGGAAUGUGGAUGGGGCUGAGAGAGUUUAUAAAGAGAUGGUUGAUAAAGGGGUAGUUCCGGAUGUGGUUGUCUAUAAUGCAAUGCUCAAUGGGUUCUGUCGGGCAGGGAAGACUAAAGAGUGCUUUGAGUUGUGGGACGUGAUGGAGAAGUGUGGUUGUCGUAAUGUUGUGAGUUAUAACACAUUGAUUAGAGGGUUGUUUGAAAACGAGAAUGUUGAUGAAGCAAUUUCUGUCUGGGGACUAAUGCGUGAUAAGGCUUGUGUUGCAGAUGCCACAACCUAUGGAGUGUUAAUCCAUGGACUGUGUAAAAAUGGGUAUUUAAACAAGGCUUUGCAGAUUUUAAAAGAGGCAGAAAACACAGGAGCUGAUCUGGAUGCCUUUGCGUAUUCGUCAAUGAUUAAUGGGUUAUGCAAGGAAGGGAUACUAGAUGAAGCAGCCAGGCUAGUAGGUAAGAUGGAUAAGUGUGGCUAUGAACCAAAUUCUCAUGUUUGCAAUGCAUUGAUAUACGGGUAUAUCCAAGCUUCCAAACUUGAAGAUGCCAUUUUGUUUUUUAGAGGAAUGUGCACUAAGUUUUGCUCUCCAAAUGUUAUCUCCUACAAUACUCUCAUAAAUGGUUUAUGCAAGGCAGAAAGAUUUAGUGACGCAUAUGUGUUUGUGAGGGAAAUGCUGGAAAAAGGAUGGAAGCCGGAUGUGAUCACAUAUAGCUUGUUAAUGGAUGGCCUUUGUCAAGGCAAAAAGAUUGACAUGGCCCUCAACGUGUGGCAUCAAGCCCUUGACAAGGGUUUCGAGCCUGAUGUAACUAUGCAUAACAUUAUAAUUCAUGGUCUUUGCUCUGCAGGCAAGGCUGAAGAUGCUUUGCAGCUUUAUUUUCAGAUGGGGCGUUGGAACUGCGUUCCAAAUCUUGUAACCUACAACACCCUAAUGGAGGGUUUUUACAAAAUUACAGACUGUGAAAAGGCAUCAGAAAUUUGGGCCCGCCUUCUAAAAGACGGACUACAACCAGAUAUCAUCACCUAUAAUGUUACUCUCAAAGGGUUUUGUUCAUGCAGUAGAAUAUCAGAUGCCAUUAGGUUUUUAGAAAAGGCUUUACAUCUUGGAAUUCUUCCAACUUCCAUUACGUGGUACAUACUUGUUAGGGCAGUGCUCAACAAUGGGACCACUUCAAACUCUUCUUGGGUAUAAAUUAGCGCGGAAGCAAGUUUUAUCUCCUGUUGCUUUUCUU